GAUCAGGUUUUGUGGGCACACCCCAUCAGCAAGCAUUCACCCAAGGCACAUGAAACCCCAGGAAUGAGGCAGGUUGGCACCUGAGCCCAAGCCUGAGCAGGAGUCUACUUUUGAGUUGGGCAAGGAGGCUGGCAUGGAGUUCAGCGCAGCCACGGCAGCCCUUCUGGCUAUCUGCAUUGCCUGUCUGCUGAUGUUCUUCAAAGGGAGCAGGCAGGGCAAGAGGGGGCACCUUCCCCCAGGACCUCGGCCGCUGCCCAUCGUGGGCAAUUUGCUCCUCCUGGACAUGAAGAAUACGGUGAAGUCAAUGUUGGAGCUCAGCCAGCGCUACGGAUCUGUCUACACCAUCUACCUGGGCUCUCAGCCCUUUGUGGUGCUCUGCGGGUACCAAGCGGUGAAGGAGGCCCUGGUGGACCAAGCCGAGGAGUUCAGUGACCGCGGAGACUUGCCAGUGAUUUUCAACUUCACCCAAGGGGAUGGGAUUUCCAUGUCUCAAGGGGAGAAAUGGAAGGUCUUGCGCCGUUUUGCAAUACAAACGCUGCGCAAUUUUGGGAUGGGGAAGCGCAGCAUUGAGGAACGGAUCCAGGAGGAGGCCCAGUACCUGGUGCAAGAGCUGGCAAAGACCAAAGGAGAGCCCUCUGACCUCACCCUCACCCUCGGCCACGCUGUCUCCAAUGUCAUCUGCUCCAUUGUUUUCGGGGACCGGUUUGACUACGAGGACAAGAAAUUCCUCACUUUGGUCGGACUGAUGAAUGACAACUUUCGCAUCUUCAGCUCGCCUUGUGCCCAGUUGUACAACACUUUCCCCCACAUCUUGCGCUACCUGCCUGGACCUCACAACCAACUUUUCGCCAAUUUUGAGAAGUUGCGCCUCUUCAUUCUGGAGAUUGUCAAGACGCACCAGGCGACCUUUGACCCUAACUGCCCUCGCGACUUCAUCGAUAGCUUCCUGAUCAAAAUGCAAGAGGAAAAGAUGGACCCCCUCAGCCACUUCCACACCAACACGCUUGUCAUGACCACCCAUAACCUUUUCUUUGGGGGAACGGAGACCGUCAGCACCACCCUUCGCUAUGGGAUCCUCAUCCUCAUGAAGCACCCGGAGGUAGCAGCCAAGGUCCAAGAAGAGAUCUGCCAGGUCAUUGGUCCUCACCGCAGCCCAUCGACUGAGGACCGGGCGAAGAUGCCGUACACGGACGCCGUGAUCCAUGAGAUCCAGAGAUUCAUCGAUCUCAUCCCCCUGGGGGUCCCGCACGCUGUGACCAAGGACACCCACUUCCGUGGCUUUGUGCUCCCAAAGGGCACCAACAUCAUGCCUCUCCUUCACUCUGUCCACAAAGAUCCCACCCAGUUCAAAAACCCGGAAGAUUUUGACCCUACCCACUUCCUGGACGAGAAAGGCAGCUUCCGCCGAAGUGAUGCCUUCAUGCCCUUUUCUGCUGGGAAACGCUUGUGCCUGGGAGAAGGUUUGGCGCGAAUGGAGCUGUUCCUGUAUCUCACCAAACUCCUCCAGCGUUUCACCUUCCAGCCCACCUGCCCCCGCGAGGAGCUGGACGUCUCGCCCGUGUCCAGCGGCACAGGGAACGUCCCUCGCCCCUACAAAUGCCUCAUCGUCCCUCGCUGAGCUGCCCCUCUUGCCCCUUGCCCCCCAUCUCCCCAGAACAGCCUUCCCUGGUGGGGUGAAGCUCUCCUGGUGUUUCUGGGGGUGCCACCUUGGGAGAGGCACUGCCCUCCUUGCCAACCGUAGCCCAGGUGGCUUUCUUUACCUAUAGCUGGAAGCUGGCUGGAUCUUUUGCAUGGGGAGGGAGGGCUGAGCAUUUUCUUAGCACAAGGCAAGAUGCAGAAAGGAGUGCAGGGCUCUCAAUGUGCCCACCCCCAUGCCGGAAAAGAGAGCCUUGGACCAGAUCAGGUGUCGGUAACAUUUUCCGGCCGUGGGCCAGAGGAUUCAAAUGGACUAUCAUCCAUGGGCUGGACAUGGGCGGGGCACGCACAGAAGCGAUUUUUGGCGUCCCGGACAUGGGCAGUGUGGCGCCGGAAAUGGCUUCUGUGCAUGUCCGCGGCUGCACAGACGCGGUUUCCAGCAUCUGCACAGGUGCCAUUUUUGGUGCCGCUCGGCGAGUCCCCGAUCUGCGCUGCGCUGGUUUAGCGUAGCGCGCGAGGGACUCGCUGAGCGGGUGGCUUGGUUCACGGGCAGUCUGUGGGUCGGAUAAAUGGCCUUCAUGGGCCGCAUCUGGCCCAUGGGCCUGACGUUGCCGACCUAUGGACUAGAUGCUCCAUUGGCCUGACUCAGUGGCAGGCAGUUCCAGGGGUGCCUAUGCAGCUUUGCAUGCCUGUGGCGGGGCAGGCACAAAUCAGGGUGCGGGUGGCUUUCAUUUUCAAAGUGGUGGGGUUAAUCUGGUACAAGCACCCCAGCUUGCCAGGAGCUCACCCAGGCAGCAACAUUUUAAAGGGACAUCGCCAAUCUUGAGAAAAGCACCCUCCAGCCUGUUACUGCUUUGGGGUACGAAUUCUUUCCCUCGGAGAGCCAUUAUUGCUUUCUGUAAACUGCAGACUGGGAUUGUGCCCAAAUUCCCCUUGCUCCUCCACAUUCUUGCCCUGCCCAGCAGAAAUAUUAGGUCGGGUAAUCUCAGGUGUGCUUUUUCUCAAGAAGUCGGUGUAAACAUUUACCAAUAAAGGACUCCUCCUUCCAAGGGCUGAGAGCUGGGUUGGUCCUUGCAAAUGCCUCCUCCAGGCCGAGACGGGCAUGUCUUCAGCACCAGGAGGGCAGUGGCCGGAGCGCAGUUGAUGCAGGAGCUCACCAGCAGGACAGGGCAGGUUUUGCUUCCAGGUGACCUGCUGGCCUGGUGUUUGCUGCCCCAAUGAUGGGCUGGUGGUGAUGUUUGCUGCUGUGCCUUAUAAGGGGCCAGCCAGUGGUGUAGCAUGGAGGGGGAGGCACGGGCAGUUGCCCCAGGCACACAAUGGUUAGCGGGUGCAAAAUUUCAACACCCAGCAGUGCCUCAAUACAGCUGCAUUCUUCCUUCCCUGUUCUCAGUUGAAACAGCUUCUCCAUGCGAGCCUGGAAGUGACCUCUCCAGACAACGACUCUUCUUUUCUUAUCUUUGUGGCUGCGAUCUCCUGGGCGACUCGGACACUGUUAGGCAGUUGAAUGCAUGGUCCGGAGCACUGGCAACCCAUGCUAUGCCACUGGAACCAGCUUCUGCCAGCCGUGGACCAACUCCCUUUCUGCAUCUUGGUAUUCAGGGCACUUCCAGAUGGCUUGUUUGUGGAACACUCAUUCUGAUUUGUGGGCAGGGGGUUUAGAUGCUGUUAAGGACACAAGAACGUAAAGACAUAAGGAGAGCACGCUGGGUUGGGCCAUUUAGUCCAGCCACCUGUUCUCACAGUGACCUGGGAAUCUCGAUAGACUGCCUCUGCAACUGGAGGUUCCAUAACAAGAGCCUGGCUGCUGGAUCAGGCUUAUUGGACUGUGAAUUUGUCCCAUCCUAUUUUAAAGCCACCUACCUGUUAACUCGUGGCUAUCACUGCCUCCUGUGGGUGGGAGUUCCACAGUUUACCUAUGUUGCAUCAAAGCAAGGGAUAUUCCACACUUCCCAGUGGAUUUCCCUGUCUCU